UGCUUCGUUUUGUCAAAUAAACUACGGAGUAGCUUUCAAACCCACAUGCAGACCCGACUGUGACACCCGCUCCACCCAAUCAUUGACCAGAACCUUCUCGAAGCUGGUUAGCGCGUGUCACGUUACAUUUCAUCAUGAGCAUAUGUCUCACGCCAGCGAUAUAACUCAAAAGUAUUGUGAGAUAUUUUCAUCUCCUUUAUCGAACUUGUUUUGGCUCAAAGUCUCCGUGUAAUACGGUGAUGAGUCAAUUGUUAUCACUGGCCAUUCGGUUGUUGCGCCCGCAUUAUUUAUGUUCCCCAACCAUUUUUCCUGCCCUUCGUAAGGGGCAUAUGCCACUGCUUCAUCAUAGCCAACCUCACUGCGCGUUGACUCUCACUGCAUUCAAAUUGAUGGAGACCAACGAAGAUUUUGAUACGCGUCUUCUUUACGAGCCUCUGGAGGGGGUCGAAAGACUUGAGAACUAUCGACCAGGGGGCUAUCACCCCAUUCAAAUUGGAGAUCACUUUAACGGUCGAUAUCGAGUUGUUCAUAAGCUGGGAUAUGGGUCUUAUUCAACUGCGUGGCUGGCCCGUGAUGAAAAAUUCAAUAAAUACGUUGCAGUAAAAGUUUGCACAGCAAAUGCAAAUCCAAAGGAAGUGGACAUUAUUUCCAUGCUCACUCGUCCUCAUUGUCCUUCAGUCAACCAUCCAGGGAAUAUGAUGGUCCCUUCAAUUCUAGAUAGGUUCACCAUUCAUGGCCCAAAUGGCAAUCAUGCUUGCUACGUCACAGCACCAGCAAGUGCUAGCCUCUCCGGGGUGAAAGAUGGCUCCUGGAUCCGCUUAUUCCAGCUCGACGUAGCCCGGUCAUUGGCUGCACAACUCGUUCUUGUUGUGGAUUAUGUACAUGCCCAAGGAAUUGUCCAUGGAGACCUUCACCUCGGCAACAUUCUUCUCAAAGUUCCGCCCAAUUUUGACCAGCUCUCACUUCAACAAUUAUAUGAGAAAUAUGGAGCACCGGAACUCGACCCAGUUGUUCGUCUAGAUAGCAAUCCGCUUCCGCCUGGUGUCCCAUCCCACGGCAUUGCGCCCAUAUGGUUAGGGGAAGCGAGUGAGAGAAUCACACUUUCAGAGACCAGGAUCUUGCUUACAGACUUUGGUGAAGCCUUUUCCCCUUCAAAAGAAGGGAAAUACGAAUCUCACACCCCCCUUGUCAUCCGCCCCCCCGAGGUGCGGUUUGAGGCAAAUGAUCCUCUGUCUUUUUCAUCGGACAUUUGGACCCUCGCCUGUACCAUAUGGUCUAUCAUAGCUCAACGGCCAUUAUUUGAAGGGUUUCUCGCGACGGAGGACGAUAUGACCUGCGAGCAUGUCGAUGCUCUUGGUGUUUUGCCACUUGAAUGGUGGAGGAGGUGGGAGGCGCGACGACUGAAAUUUACUGAAGAUGGUAAGCCAAUGAACCGCAACCCUUUCCGAUCUUGGGACGAUCGGUUUGAGGAUAGCGUGCAACAGCCUAGGCUAGAUAGUGACAUGCCGCCGUUUGAUGCAAGGGAGAGGAAAGCUUUCUUCGACAUGCUAAGGCCGAUGCUCUCAUUCAGACCAGAGAAUCGCCCUACUACCAAGCAAAUUCUCGAUUCAGAAUGGAUGCUAAAAUGGGCUCUGCCUGAAUAUGGCAAGAUCCAAGAUAAUGUAUGAGUUAUUUAUCCGUUUCCGAGGGAGUAUCUCUGGGUAUGUUGCGAAAUAUAGGAUGCUUGCACCUGAAGAGAGACCACGACGUCAAAGCGUUCUGCCAAAAUAGAUUGAGUCUACCCAUCCCAAGGUUCGCAUUUGGCAUAUGGCCUGAAUCGUUUCGUCUUGGGAGAAUCUGUUUGAUGUAAGAAUAUGGUCGUCAUAUAUCUAUCAUAUUCCUACUCUUCUCUCCUGCGACCAAGCUGAGCUACUCGUAUUGAGGCGCGAAACCAGGAAUUGUCAAAACUAACUCGAAAAGGCAAUUACGGUCCUGGGUUAGACAUUGGCUUUGGGGAUCAGCAUUUUCCGGAAGGAUAUAUCAUGAAGCGUUUGAUGCAUCAACAUAUGUAGGAGUUAUUUCAAUAUUCAAUCGAUCCGAUGCUUGAUGUUCCAGAUAAGGAAUUGAUAGCUGCUAGCUACUCCGUAACGGCCAG